AUGGAUCCGGACACUUCACUCAACGCACCAGAGCCGAUAGCUAACGGAGAACCACAACAAAAGGAGGAAGUAGCUAAAGAAAUUAUGCUAUUAGAGCCCAACGCAGAUCAUCCAUCCUCACGAUGGGAGACGGCUUAUGUCUAUGCUUUUAUCGUCAAGUUUACUAGCCUGAGGGGGAAGGAUGGCCUGGAGAGCCCUACCGAUCUUGAAGAGGCGCUGUUAUUUCCGGGUCCUAGCCCAGUGCUAGAGCAGGUGCUGGCUCGGUUCGUGUUGAAUUUGAGACCAGGUUCAAGAAACACCGGUCAUGACAUCAGCCCGAACUUGAUUGCUCGAACAACCCAAUCUCUGCUCGACGAAUUCCUACGCACAAGCGAACGGAGCUGUUGGUGGGAUGAUUCCCUUCACCGUAAUCUUGACCCUUUUGCGGGACAUGAAGGUGAUGUGUUCACAUUACCAUGGGAGACCAAGUUGCAAAUAUUGCGCCAGCUGGUAGACUAUCAGCUACAGCAUUCGGCUCUUGUUCGUGAUAUUAUUGACACAGUUUGGGGCGCACGUCCCGCUAAACACCGAAAGGGAGCCAAAAAGGAAGCACCUCCACCUGCCGCCGCAGGUUAUACCAAAAAGCAGCUACUCGUUGAACCAAUGGGCCAGGACCGCUCAAGACGACGAUUCUGGACACUUGAUGAUUCCACACGCGUUUAUGUAUCUGGAAACCCGUGGAAGUCCCAUUGCGUAUUCUACGCUACAUCCUCGACACGCGACGAGUACAUGAACACGGUCGAAUAUCUCAAAAGCACGCUUCCUAAACCUCCUACAGGUAAAUCUACGAAGCGCUCGAGAUUUGAACAAGCACAAGUCGACCUGGUCGAGAAACUGGAAGGAACACACCUGGAGGCUAUAGACAAUGAGCUGAGUAGACUCGAGCGAGCGCGAAAGCGAGCCGAGAAACGGAACAUGAUGAUUGCCCAGGCGGAACUCCGGUCAACUCGCACUCGCAGACAGACCAAGCGACCUGAUUACGUAUAUGAUGCAGAUGAUUUCGAAGACGACUAUGCCGACGAAAAUGGCGAACGCUCGGAUGAGGAGUUUAAUGGCGAGGCCGAGUCAUCACAUACUACACCGGACGAGGACAUGAAUGACUACACGCCAGAUGAUGAUGACGAUGGGGGCCUGCGUCGGAGCACACGGAAUGCAGGCAAACGAGUCCGCCCCAUCCAAGCAAGGCCAAUAGGCAGACGCAGUGCUCGCUUGGCCGCAAAUGAUGCGGAAACCAGCAGCACCCGCUCGGGAGACGACGACAUUGAUAUUACCAAUGGCAAGAUAGUGAAGAGGGCCAGGACCGCGACUGCCAGUCCGUUGCACGUAGAUCGAUUGAGUCUCGAAGGCGAUGAUGGAAAGUCCAAGUCUACUUAUGUCAAACUAGAACCGGUGCCCGGCAAGAAAGCAUCCAAGUUUUGGUUCUAUGCAAUAGAAUCGCCCAGUGGCGGAGCAGGAUCCGUAUCUAUUGAUCGGGAGUCAACAAAAAGCAGCCGUGAUGGCACUUCCAGGAGCAGCAUGGAGGUAGAGCUUCCUGGACAAACGAACGGAUUAGGCCUCGAUCUGAACGGCGAGCCGAAGGAAAAGUAG